AUGAAGGGCAUGCAGGCUAACCGGACGACAAAGCACGAGUCCGAGCUGAUGGACCGAGUAAUGAGUUUGGUUCUCGGAGAUGCCGCACAUGCGCGUUUGCAGAGCACGGAGCCCAACACAUCCAAAGGCUGCUCUUGGCCUGAGUGUGCGGCUUACUGCGUUCCGUGUGCCAAAACCAACAAGUAUUGGACGUGCCUCACCCCAUCAACGGAGUGCCAGGAGAACUCAGAGUGCAUACUGGGAGCAUGUUUUGCAGAGCCAGGAUACUGCUACGCAGAUGCCUACCCGCAAAUUGCUAGAUGCUUCAUGGGAGCCGUCCCUAAGAAGCCCAAAUUUCGCAACAACAUCAUCCUGCGGCUGGGAGCUGCUCCACCUGUGCCAAAGCCGAACGAACCUUCGGCUAGAUGGCGUUCGUGGGCUGCAUCAUGCUGUGUGAUGCCUGGUGUGUUCCUCAUUGCAACCAUCUGGAUAGCUUACAAGACAUGCUGGGUUAUUGAUUUUUCUGCUGGCGAUGAGUGUGAAUGGUUGCCUGAAAGGAGACGUGGAAUAGUGUGCUUAACUGUUGUUUGCAUGCUACUCUUUGCUGUUUUGCAGUUGUUGCGUUUUGUGUCUGUGAAGACGGAGAUUGCAACAAUUGCAGAGCGGUUGGGCCAUCUGGAGAACUCCAUGCAGAGUUUGAGACACUUGUCAGAACAGCUGCUUGCUGCAGAGAGAAGCUACAAUCAGUCAUUGACGAUGGCCCCAAGGGCCUGUGGAAAGGACAACCCGUUGGCAAAAAAACUUGUCGAGAUGCUCGCAGGCACGCUUCAGGUUCAAUUCAACGAGGUGGACGCUAUUCUUCUUCUUGUCAGGGAGUCAUUCUCCACCGCGAGAGUGUUGUUGGACAGAGCCAGGGACUCUGUAAAGGACACUGGCUGGAAGAUCAUAUAUUAUCCUUUCAUCCCAAGCUUUGUCCUGAUUGGCGGAGUCAUCGCCAUCUUGGCUACAGCAUGUUACAUUUGGAAUCAGCCCAAGCUGAUGUACACGCCGCGCAUGCACCUCGCCCUGAAGUCCUUUGCCCCCAUCAUUGUCAUCUUUAUGCUGACCGCCGGGAUUUGCGGCGCUGUUGCUUUCUUUAUUUCUGUGGUAGUCAGUGGGUAUUGUCUUCAAGUGGAUGACAACUUGGUAGAGGCCAUACGCCGACUCGAGUUUUCCGACCUUGUCCACGAGAAAUAUGACAUCGAUAUCGUUCUUCAACAUAUUGGCUCCUACUACAUUUAUGGCACAAAUGUCAACCCUCUGGCAACCCUCGUGGCAAACUUCGAGGCAGCAUUGUACUCAGUGUUGCGAUUCUACUCAUUGAUCCGCUGGAUUGUUGAUGCAGGUGCGCUAACUUGUCCAGGACUAGUGAGAAUCAACCCAGAGCCUCUUGUCCACUCUUUCCUCAAUUCCACCGCGACAGCAUAUGAAUUCUUCCACGCAAAGAACAUCUGGCCGUACUAUCACCAAAUUGUGCACGUCUCCAUCUGCCAGCAUUCUCCCAUGAGCAACAUGCUAUUUGUGCUGAUGGCCAUGCUGGUUGGUUUCGGAUUCUGCCCAGCGAUUGCUAUCGCCAUCAGCAACCACCUGAAACGUAUUGGCUUUGAGCUUCGCAGGAGAGACAGCAAGCUCUUAGAGCUGCGGGAAUCAGGCGAGGAUCUCCGACAAAUUGACGAAUCUGGCAUUGCCAUCGAGCGUCGACUUGACUGCUUGGAUGUGCAGGCGCAGGUCACAGUCCUAGACUCCGUGAUAAGCUCUCGGCCAGCUGCCGUGCAGCAAGAGCUUCGGGAUUUGGGAUGGAAAACGUUGGAGGAAGGCCACCAAGAAGAGGAAGUUGAGGACGAUGACACUGACGAAAGUCAGUGA